GUCUCUGGAUGGGGCCGCGGCCGGCGGGGGCUGCCUCGCGUCCGCGUCGCCCGGGUUGGCUCCUGCGCGCCCUCCUUCCUCCUCCUCCUCGUCCUCGUCCCCUUCUUCUUCAUCUUCAUCUUCCUCAGGGCAAGCCGGCCGCCUCCUCUCGCCGCCGCUGAGGGAAGAAGGGUCGGGGGCGGCGGCCGCCUCCCCCUCCUCCUCCUCGUCCUCGUCCUCGUCCUCCUCCUCCUCCGAGCCCGGUCGGGGCGGCGCCUGAGGGAGGCGUCGGCGUCGGGCCUUCCUCUCGCCGGCCCCAAUGCAGCAGCAGCAGCAGCAGCAGCAGCCUGACUCAGCGGCGGAGGCGCGGGAGAGGAAGAAGAUGGCGCAGCCCGCGAUGCUGCCUCGCAGGGGCGGCAGCGGCGCCGGCUUGGAGGACUUCCCGCCCGGCCUGCUGGUCCAGACGACGCCGGCUGCCCCUGCUGCCGCCGCCGCCUCCUCCUCCUCGGUCUCGGUCUCCGUCUCGUCCUGCCCUCCGGGGGCUCCUCCGCCGCAGAGCCUGGCGCUGCUCUCGCAGGCGGGAGGAGGAGGAGGAGGAGGAGGAGGCGUCGUCGGGCCGGCGGGCGCCCAGUUGAAGAAGAAGAGCGGCUUCCAGAUCACCAGCGUGACCCCGGCGCAGAUCUCGGCCAGCCUCAGCUCCAACAACAGCAUCGCCGAAGACACGGAGAGUUACGACGACUUGGACGAGUCGCACACCGAGGACUUCUCCUCCUCCGAGAUCCUGGACGUCUCGCUCUCCCGGGCCACCGACUUGGGCGAGCCGGAGCGCAGCUCCUCCGAGGAGACGCUCAACAACUUCCACGAGGCCGACAGCCCCGGGGCCGUCUCGCCCAACCAGCCGAGGCCCCCGACCCAGCAGGCCCGAGGCCUGACCAACGGCAGCGCCCACGGGCCCCACUUCCCCCACGGGGGCCACCCUCAGCCGCCCUCCCACGCCGGGGUCCCCCCGCCCAUCUCUGCGGGGUCUCCCUCCAGCCCGUCCUUCCGACGGCUGCCCGUCGCGGGAGGCUUGGAGAGCGCCAGACCUGGCCCUCCGGGAGCAUCCCCCAGGGCAGCUCUCGCGGGGGCCACCGUGGCUCACUUCCACGCUGGAGCUGCCUCUCCCGCCGGGGGAGCCGUGGCCGCAAGUGGCAGGGCCCGUCAGGUGGGCAAGACCCUCACGAACCUUGCCGCUGCUGGCAACGGCAUGGCCCUGGCCGGAGGGAGCCACUCUGGACACGUGGCGCUCUCCGGCGGGAUGGGUAAUGGCACCGGGGCCUCCUCGAAUGCCUCCGGAAGUGUGGGUCAUUCAGCUGCGGGGGGCACGGCGGUAGGUCACCUGCAGCCCGCCGGCAGCACCUCCCGCUUCCGUGUGGUGAAGUUAGAUUCCAGUUCGGAGCACUUUAAGAAAGGCCGAUGGACUUGCACCGAGUUCUAUGACAAGGAGAACCCCGGGGCGGUGGCUGAAAACGCCGCCAUGGCGAAAACCAUGGACGCUCUCCUCGACGCGGCCUCCGAAAGGGAGAGCACCAGCGGGAGCUCCGUCAGCAGCACCCUGAGCCACUACACCGAGAGCGUGGGCAGUGGGGAGAUGGGGGCGCCUCCUGGGACACAGCCGCAAGGGUUCCAAGGCGGCCCUCUGCCGAUGGAGUUCACCAGUGCCGGGGCCACACAGGGGCUGCCCCAGAGUAUGUCUCAGUCCCAACUCUCCCAAGUCCAGCCACCGCAUCCUCAAGAGGUCAGCUACCCUCCUCAGAAGCAAGGGGCGCCCCCUCCCGCCUCAGCCGUUCCUCCUCCGUUGACCAUCGUUGGUGGCCAUCAACCAACUCUGGCCUCCCAACCGUUCACCCCACCGCCGGUCUCUGCAGGUCCAGUCGCUCCGCAGCCCCAGCCGUUAUCUUUCGGGCCGGGGCAGGCUCAGCACCCCGCUGCCCUGCCACCCAUGCCUAGGCCGAUGGCUCCAGGGCAGCACGCGAAGCCCGUCGCCCAAGCCUCAUUGCCCGAGUACAUCCAGCCACCGCAGAUGCUUCCAGCGUCUUCUCUGCAGCCGGGCACGGCGAUCGUCGGGAGCGGGUCGGCCGUGCCUGUCGCUCAGCCUCCAAGCAUGCCGCUUCCUGUCCAGGCCCACCUCCCGGGGGUGCCUUCCCAGGCCCAGCCGGCCAUCCCAGCCGUGGGUGCUCCCGCUGCCCUGAUGAAUGUCGGGCAACCCGGAAGUGCCGCUCCCAUGGCCCAGCGGCCCUCGGUCCCCAACCAGAUGGCUCCUUCCGUGCUGGGCCCCAGCGCUGCUGUUCCUGCCCCCUCCCAAGGAGCUCCGCCGGUCCCUACGGGGGCCGUUCACCCAGGAUCCCAAAGCGUUCCGUCGGGCCUUCCUCAGACUUUGGGCAUCCCGCCCCCGGGCAACCUGAUGCCCAUGCAAGCCGCUGAUCCUCUGGUUCAAGGAAUGGCCCCGUUGCCUCCCGUUAGCCCAAUCCCUUCCGUUAGCGCUGUGCCCGGCCACUCGGCUUCCAGUCUGCCCCCUGCGCCCGUCAGCCUGGCUCCUUCCAAGACCCUCGCCCAGCCGCCUUCUUCGAGUAUACAGAACGGGAGCCUGGUCCAGAACGCCGCCUCUCAGCCUGCCUUGCUUCCCACGGGCAUGAAUUUGCCGGCAGCCCCCAGCUCUUCCCAGUUCUCUGCGCAGUCCCUCGCUCAGUCCAUCAUGAGCCGAACUGAAGACGCCAAGCGCCCGACGGAGGCCUUCCUGGUGGGCUUAACCCAGCCUCCUGGUGGCGCCGAAAGCAGCAGCCUCUGCACCUCCUCGGCCUUGGCAGAUGGGAGCAUGGUCUCUUCCCUCUUCCCGCUGAAGGGACUUCCGCUGGCCGCUCUGGAUGGCGAGGAAGACAGCUCCUCCGGGGCCAGCGUGGUCGCCAUCGACAACAAGAUCGAGCAAGCCAUGGAUCUGGUGAAGAGCCACCUGAUGUACGCCGUGCGGGAGGAGGUCGAGGUCCUGAAAGAGCAGAUCAAAGAGCUCGUGGAGAAGAACAACCAGCUGGAGCAAGAGAACAACCUGUUGAAAACCUUGGCCAGCCCGGAGCAGCUGGCCCAGUUCCAGGCGCAGCUCCAGACGAGCAAUUCCCCGGCGGCGUCUUCUUCGCAAGCGCAGGGGGCGGCCCUGCCACCUUCUCAGGCCGCCCCGCAAAACUCCGGACCGCAGGCUUAGAUCAGCCCCCAAGUCCCCAACUUCUCUCGAGGAGAUUUCGGCACCCUUGGAUUCCGCCGAGGCUGGACUGCAGGGAUCCCAGCUAGUCUCUGCAUGCUGUCCCUCCCUCCUCCCCUCCCUCCACCCUCCCCUCCCCAAAUCACGGAGACUCUUCCUCGCUCUCUUCCCCCUCCCUCCCAACUACAACCCCCCCUCCCUCCUUGCAAAGCAUGGGUUUCCUUUCCAGUAUUAAAACUGUUCCAAGGAGGAAGGGGGGAGGAGGAAAGGAGAGCAGGAGAGGGUGGACAUUUUUCUUUUAGGUUUACUUUUUUUGGAAAUGUUGGCAGUGGGAGGGAGGAUCUCGCCCCCCCCCCUCCGCCCGCCCCCCCAUUCAGGGAAUUUAGCACAAAUGCACUGGGUGACUUGAGCGGCUUCUGCAGCGGCUGCAAAACACACACACACACACACACACAAAAGUAGGAGUGGUUUUUUUUUGGGUGUGCCUGAAGCUUCCUUAUUAUUUUCCCCCCCCCCCCCUUAACGAUCUUCCUUCCGUGUCACGCCGCGAAUGGCGGAUGCAAAAAGCGUCAAGUGGGCCUGGCAACGUGAAAAGGUUGGGUGGUGGGGAAUGAAAGCCCCUUCUUCUCUGGCUCUGCCCUGGGAAGAACCAAGGGGGGAUAAAUAAGGCAGGGGAAGAAAGAACUUUGGGGAAACUGAGGGACAGUUUUAAAAAAAAA